AUGCUCUCCGGCAUCCUCAUCUUCAACCAAAAGGGGGAGAACCUGAUCUUCCGCGCCUUCCGCAACGACUGCCGCCCGCGGCUGGCCGACAUCUUCCGCAUCCAGGUCAUCAGCAACCCGCAGGUGCGCUCGCCCAUCCUGACGCUGGGCUCGACCACCUUCAGUCAUGUCAAGCACGAGAACAUCUACCUGGUGGCCGUCACCAAGAGCAAUGCCAAUGCCGCUCUCGUCUUUGAGUUCCUCUACCGCCUGAUCAUGCUGGGGAGGGGGUACUUUGGCAAGUUUGACGAGGAGGCGGUCAAGAAUAACUUUGUCUUGGUGUAUGAGCUUUUGGAUGAAAUCCUCGAUUUCGGAUACCCCCAAAACACCGAAACCGAUACCCUCAAAAUGUACAUCACCACCGAAGGCGUCCGCUCGUCCAUAGCCAAUUCGCCCACCGACUCGAGCCGCAUCACGAUGCAGGCCACGGGCGCCAUCUCAUGGCGUCGUUCAGACAUCAAAUACCGCAAGAACGAGGCGUUUGUCGACGUGAUCGAGGACGUCAACCUGCUCAUGUCGGCCACGGGCACGGUGCUGCGCGCCGACGUCAACGGGCAGAUCAUCAUGCGGGCGUAUCUGUCGGGCACGCCCGAGUGCAAGUUCGGGCUCAACGACCGGCUGCUGCUGGACGACGACCCCGUCGCGGGCAGGACGCGGGCGACGUCGACGACGCGGGCGGCCGCCGGGUCGGUCACGCUCGAGGACUGCCAGUUCCACCAGUGCGUCAAGCUGGGCCGGUUCGACGCGGACCGGACCAUCUCGUUUGUGCCGCCCGACGGCGAGUUCGAGCUGAUGCGGUACCGGGCGACGGAGAACGUCAACCUGCCGUUCAAGGUGCACCCGAUCGUGCGCGAGGUGGGCACGACCAAGGUCGAGUACAGCGUGGCCAUCAAGGCCAACUACGAGUCGAAGCUGUUCGCGACCAACGUGGUGGUGCGCAUCCCGACGCCGCUCAACACGGCCAAGAUCACCGAGCGCACGACCCAGGGCAAGGCCAAGUACGAGCCGGAGCAUAACAACAUCGUCUGGAAGAUCGCCCGCUUCACGGGCCAGAGCGAGUACGUGCUGACGGCGGAAGCGACGCUGACGAGCAUGACGCACCAGAAGGCCUGGAGCCGCCCGCCGCUGAGCCUGUCGUUCAACCUGCUCAUGUUCACGAGCAGCGGGCUGCUGGUGCGCUAUCUCAAGGUGUUUGAGAAGAGCAACUAUAGCAGUGUGAAGUGGGUGCGGUAUAUGACGAGAGCGGGGAGUUACGAAAUAAGGUCAGUCCAGUUUACACAUUACAGAUUAUUCUCUACUUACUUGCUAAUGUUCAUUCAAGGUUUUAAUUGUCGCAUAAAAAAAAACGACGAUUUUGGGAAUCCAAUUGGGUAUCUGCAUACUUCGUCAGAUAAUAAUAAUCCGGACUGGACCAUUAUUCAUUAUCCAUUGCAUUCUAUUCUAUUAUAUUCCCACAUCAUACCAUGCCAUUCAUGCCAUGCCAUGGUCGAGCCAUGA